AUGGCACCGCGGGGACGCUUUGCGCGGCCCCGCGCGGCGCGCGGCGCCGCGCGCGGCGCCGCGCUCGUCGCGCUGGCGGCGGCCGCCCUCGGGUGCGGCCUCAGCGCCGCUUGGCUGGGCCGGCCAGGGGGGGGGCGGCCGCGCCGGGCGGCCGCGUGCCUGCAGGCGCGCGCGGGUGCCUCGCCGGCCCCGCUGAAGGAGGAGCUCUUCCUCUGCGACGAGUUCCGCGCCAAGCAGGAGGAGAUGUGGGAGAUGAUGGACGCCGAGGACCGAGAAGGCGGGCAAGGCCGCGAAGCAGGGGGGGCCCUCGCUGCUCGAGGCCGAGAGCUUCGCGGCGCAGCGCACUGA